GUAGAGAGUAGUCAGAUAGCAGAUGCACACACACACAUCUAGCUAGCCCGAGUGAAACGAGCGAUGGCGGCGCGCGAGCUCUACUGGUGGCCAUGGGCGACGCUCGCCGCCGUCUCCCUCCUCCUCUACUACCUGAUGACCAACCGCCGCCGCCGCUGGGGCUCGCGCUCCGGACGGCGCCGCCCGCCGGGCCCCAGGCCUCUGCCGCUCAUCGGCAACCUCCUGGACCUGCGCGAGGGCAACCUCCACCACACGCUAGCGCGCCUGGCCCGCGCGCACGGCGCCCCCGUCAUGCGCCUCGACCUGGGCCUCGUCCCGGCCGUGGUCAUCUCCUCCCGCGACGCCGCCCGGGAGGCCUUCACGGCGCACGACCGGCGCCUCGCGGCGCGCGCCGUCCCGGACGGCAAGCGCGCCCUCAACUUCUGCGACCGGUCCAUGAUCUGGCUCCCGAGCUCCGACCCGCUCUGGCGGACCCUGCGCGGCGUCGUGGCCUCGCACGUCUUUUCGCCGCGCAGCCUCGCCGCGACGCGCGCCGUCCGGGAGCGCAAGGUGCGGGACCUGGUGGCGUACCUCCGCGGACGCGCCGGGAUGGAGGUGGACGUCAAGGAGGCGGUGUACGGCGGCGUCAUCAACCUCGUGUCGAGCUCGCUCUUCUCCGUCGACGUCGUCGACGUGGGCGCCGCGUCGGCGCAUGCGUUGCAGGAGCUCGUGGAGGAGCUCAUCGAGUGCAUCGCCAAGCCUAACGUGUCCGACUUCUUCCCCUUCCUCCGGCCGCUCGACCUCCAGGGAUGGCGGCGGUGGGUGGCCGGGCACCUCAGUAAGAUUUUCCAGGUCUUGGACGACAUCAUCGACCGCCGGUUGGCCGUGGCGGCUUCCGCCUCCACGUCCAAGGGCGACGACCGGCACGGCGACUUCCUCGAUGUCCUCGUGGAGCUCAAGUCCAGGGGCAAGAUCACUCGCGACAACCUAACUUUGGUCCUGUUCGACGUGUUCACCGCCGGCAGCGACACCAUGGCGCUCACCGUGGAGUGGGCGAUGGCGGAGCUCCUCCGCAACCCGGGCAUCAUGGCCAAGGUACGCGCCGAGAUCAAGGGCGCCGUCGGCGGCAAGAAGGAAGGAGCCGUCGACGAGGACGACGUGGCGAGCCUGCCGUACCUGCAGGCCGUCGUGAAGGAGGCCAUGCGGCUCCACCCGGUGGCGCCCGUGAUGCUGCCGCACAUGGCCGUGGAGGACGGCGUCGAGAUCGGCGGCUACGCGGUGCCCAGGGGGUGUACGGUCAUCUUCAACACGUGGGCCAUCAUGCGCGACCCGGCGGCGUGGGAGAGGCCCGACGAGUUCGUGCCGGAGAGGUUCCUGAGCAGGGAGCUGGACAGUCUAGGGAAACAGUUCGAGUUCAUCCCGUUCGGCUCCGGCCGCCGGCUCUGCCCCGGCGUGCCCAUGGCGGAGCGGGUCGUGCCACUUAUACUAGCGUCGCUGGUGCACGCGUUCGAGUGGCAGCUGCCGGACGGCAUGUCGGCGGAGCAGGUGGACGUGAGCGAGAAGUUCACAACCGCCAAUGUUUUGGCCUUCCCUCUUAAAGUCGUGCCUGUGAUAGUGUGAACAUCCUCGCAAUCAUUUCCAAAGGCAGUCGUAAAUCGAUUAACAAGAAAAAUGGUGGUCUCCAAGAUUUAUACAAUGAUCAUGUCAUAUGUUCUCAAAUUCGAUGAUGCACGCCGCAUCUAAUAAAAUAUUUAUUUCUAUCUUUGGAGAA